UGAACCGCCCUGGCGCGAUUUGCAACGCGGGAAAUACUUGCAGAAGUAGGAGCACACAUUGUAUCCACAUUGACAGUGUGAACCUUACCAUUUUUUUGUUAAUUAAUUAAUUUUUGUGCUAUUUCUUAUAAGGAAUUGUGGCGCGGUUUUCUACGUCAUUGGAAAUGAAGAAUAUUUUCACUCCUGAUUGAAUAGCUGAAUUUUGUGGGACACUUUCAGUCUUAUAGCUGCUUAACCCAACUUUUAUAAGAAGGCUAUUUUGCUAAAGUUAGGUUACUUGACAGCAAAGCUGGGUAAAUAGCUUUUUAUUUUAAUGGCAAGUGAUUCCUGAGCAUUGUGAUACAAUUUUAGAUUUUAUCAGCUUUUGACACAUUCGUCUUUCAUCUCAACGAUGGCCGAGAACAAGCAUCCUCAAGUAAUUUUUUGCAACGACUCUCCAAAGAGGGUCCUGGUGUCUGUGAUCAAAACCACCCCGAUCAAGCCCAGGAAGAGCGAGUCUCUGAUACCGAUCAGCCCUGGAUUCAGCGACUUCAUGGUGUACCCGUGGAGGUGGGGGGAGAACGCCCAUAAUGUGAGCCUGAGCCCGGGCUCCGUGAACGGGGCUGCCUCCCCUACCGGGACCAACACCGCCAGCGAGGCGGACAUGGGUGCCUCCCCUGACCAGAUGAAGGACGGUAAAGAGGACGGUAUUCGGCGUGGCCGCCCGCGUGCUGACACUGUCCGUGAGUUGAUCAACGAGGGGGAGAGCUCCUCCAGCCGCAUCCGCUGCAACAUCUGCAACCGUGUGUUCCCUAGAGAGAAAUCCCUACAGGCCCACAAGAGAACACACACAGGGGAGAGGCCUUACCCGUGUGACUACCCUGACUGUGGCAAGGCUUUUGUCCAGAGUGGCCAGCUAAAGACCCACCAGCGCCUUCACACCGGAGAGAAGCCCUUUGUCUGCUCUGAGAAAGCCUGUGGCAGUCGCUUUACCCAUGCUAACCGACACUGCCCAAAGCACCCAUAUGCCCGUUUGAAGAGAGAAGACCCCAAGGAGGGACCAGACAAGGCCCAGUCUGUGGACAACAAGGCUGUGGCAGAGUGGCUGGCAAAGUACUGGCAGACCCGUGAGCAGCGUGCCCCUGUGCCCACCAAGGGGAAACCCCAGGGCAAGGGUGGGGUGGAGGACCAGGAGCAGCAGGACCCCCGGGAGUUUCUCCAAUCAGAUGAGGAGGAAGAGGAGGAGCCAAUGGAGGAAGAGAAGGGCAACGGGGGCGGGGCUGCCAGACGGAGUCUACAAGAGCAACGGGAGCGUCUCCAUGGUGCGCUGGCGCUCAUUGAGCUGGCUAAUAACCUGUCUGCCUGAAACCCCACCCAUAUCCCAGUGUUGAAACCCUCCCCAGUCAACCCCCUUCUGCCUCCCUGCGCAAUGUGUUCUGGGUAGAGGUUGUCUGUAGGGAAACCCAUCUAGGAUAAGCUUACCCUCCCCAAAUACUUAACCAUUAAUGGGGGGAAAUGCUAAGCAGACCUUAGAUCAGUAUAUGGGGGUAACUUCUUCUCCAUGUGCAGUGUGGGGCAGGCACAAGCUAAAAGCACCUUAUUCAGCUUCCAAUUGUAUCCUUAUUAGGCUGCUAAGAUUGUAGAUUACAGGCGGCUUGGUGGUACCUUCAUUGGGGAGGCCUGGCUCAUAAUAAUGGCUGGAAUGGAAUAAAUGGAACGGUAUCAACCACGUCGUUUCCAUGUGCUUGAUACCAUUCCAUUCUCUACAUUCCAUCCACUAUUAUGAGCCUCCCAUCACCAGCCUCCUGUGUUGUAGAUGUCAAUAUAUGAAGAAUGUUAUACUCUCCUUUGCCUUAUAAAGACUGGAGGAGAGUACCUUUUAAGGUUUUGUUUAGUUUUGUUUGCACUUUGGUGGUAACGAGUUAUUUGUUAUGUCUUUUACUUUUGAAGAUAAAGUAUAUUGUGUGAGUAUGUUUAUAUAAUGAAAGUAUAUGUGGAUUUAGCUCAGAUGGAAGGAGUGAUACAGGGUGCGGUCAGUCAUAGGACAGGUGUAUCUAAAUACUGGAAAGUGGAUUCCUCUCCUGAUUCUCUGAUCUGGACUGUGACACGAUAGGUGUAAAAGCAAUGUGGUGGAAGCUUAUCAGGGUAUUUCGCUUCCACCUGUCCAGUUCUUUCAGAUCAGUGAAAGAGAGUAGACGAGGGGAGGAAGUCACUGUAGAGACUAUCGAGAUGCAACCCCAUUGUUAGAAGAAGAGGGGGUCAUUGCAAGCCUAAUCUACAGUAGUGGCUGGCCACAAGCUUUCACAAGAAUUCAAGCUCCAACCCCUUCACCUAUUAAACGUAUCACACCCAGAACUGUAGCUAUAACCUGGGAGGGACAACUCUGGUCCUGGAGGGCCACAGAGUGAGUAGACGUAGCUCCAUAUCAGCUCCUAACAAACCUGAUCCAGAUUAUCAUUUUAUGGGGAUUUAGACCACAAUUAGUUUAGUCAGGUGUGUUAGAGCUGGGCUGGAACAAAAGCCUGCCUAUGCUAUGGCUGUGAAGGCGUUGGCCUUCUCUGCUCUAACCAAAUCACAUGGCCAGACAGACGGAAGAGGAAUAUGUAAAGUUAUUAGUGUCGCCAUCUUUUAUAUUAAAAGAUUCUGGCUGAUUGGAGAUACGGACGUGGUUGCCCCAUUGGUGGUGUACGUACAAGUCUUCUCUAUAAUCAAAGUUUCAUAGGUAUUUAUUUCAUCAUGUUUAUUUGUCCUUUUUGUUAACGAUUUGCUAUCACAAGCUGUCUCCGAGUACUGACAUAUAGUUCCAUUGAAGAGUUUAUUGCUCAUCGCCUCCCUCAAAUGAUUAAGUAUCUAUCGACGUCAACUUAUAGCCGUUAGAAUUGUACUCCCCUUUGCAGCAGCACUUGUAUCUACAGUAUCUGCUAUUAAGUUUAGCAUUUAUGGAUUAAGCUUCCAAUGUAACGUUUCCACCAAUUAGACCAGUCUAGAGAAAUGGCACUUGUUUCUACAUAAAGGGAGGGUGUAAUGAUUGCUUGGCAUUGGCGAGGUUUUAUUAUUUGUUAGUAACACUACAUCUCUUAACAUUGUGUAAAGCUUUUAUGGUAAAUGGCCAAUUGUUUUUAAAUAUAUGUUUUUGUUGUUUCAUAAGGUUUGUGCUUCCUGCAACACCCAGAUCCUUUAUUGGCCAUACGUGAUUAAAUAUGUCGUAUCCCAUUGGGCACAAACUGGUUGAAUCAACGUUGUUUCCAAGGCAUAAAAAAAAAAACGAUGUUAUGUCGUUGAAUCAACGUGAAAACUGAUUGGAUUUGCAAGAAGUCAUUCAUGUAAAGGACUUUAGGGAAUGUUUGUCUUUUUCACCCAACCUUUAACCUAAAUCCAAGGACAUGGUUCAAUUGUUUGUUGAUUUUACUUUGAAUUCACGUUAGUUGACAAUUCAAAUGUAAAUCAAAACUAGAUGUUGAAUUGACAUCUGUGUCCAGUGGGAUGACGUCCAAUACAUUUUUUUGAUAGAGUACAGGUUAAACUGGAAGACAAUGAUUUUGUUGAUAAUCAAAACAACCCAAGUAUAGUGUAUAUAUCUUGUAUCUUGUAUAUGUAUUUUGAACACUUUAUUAUUUGGUUUAAAAAUGUUUCGGCAGUUAAUAUAUUCCACGACUUGUUUGUUAGAAAAAGAGAAACCAAAUCUACAGUACAAGAGCUUUGAAGUUGAUGUUUAAAUGAUUAUGAAAUUCACUCUCCCUCCCACCAUGUUAACAGACCAUAGUCAGCAUUGUGUGUUUUAGGCCUUAAUGGGAAAUGUUCUGACUUGUUUUGUAGAGAUGACAUUGUUGAUGUUUAAAACAGUUUCUCUUUACAGGCAGUCCACACUGUUGGUACUUGUUGGUUUUCAAUAAACACCAUCAAUGAUCAUGA